UGAGCCGUUGUGAGAGGAGGUGUGGCGUGCUCCAAGCUAAGAGAUGCUACUCGAUAUCUCUAUACCAUCCCGGAUGUUUACCAAAACAUAGUGAUUUGCAGUGUGCUUGGGAGUGAUACACAAAACAUGACUCGAGUAGGCGUUGCAAAAUGUUUGGUAGCUCAGUCAAAUGUUGCAAAUAUUAGAAUAAUGAGAACGGAUGGAAUGUCUUUGUACACGACGAUGUUGUUGUUGCUACUCGUAGUCGCGCUACUGCAACCCUCGGUUGCACAGUUCAGAAACGAACAAGACCCUGAGGACUAUCGUAGUCGGGAUGCGCAACCCCGCGUACGUGGUUGGCAACCCUACACAACCCCUAAUCCCUCUAUAGGUGGUUACCGAUCAGGUGAUACCUACCACGGCACCAACAGAAGAUAUGGUACUUACGACCAGCCCAACGAUCGUCGUGGUUUCGAUAACCGAUACGAGAAUGAGAAUCGCUACACGAACCACUUGCGCUACGGUGGCGACGGGCGCUACCUCACUCAGGGCAUGUACGACGCCCGCGGCGCCCUCCGUCCAGGGUAUGAAGACAGGAGGAGCAAGCUGGACGGCGACAGGGAGGCCCAGAUUGGCGUGCUGGACCACUGGCGUCCAGAUCUGCAGGGCGAGAUGCGCCCGGGCAAAGUUCCAGGCAUUCAUCUACCACUGGCGGAGAACAUGUUCGUCCAGACCAACAGUGGCAAGGUGCAGGGUUUCUACGUCUACCUCUACGACAAGCCAGACCUGCGGUUCGACGAGCGACCUGCUAACCUGGCGCUGGACCUGCAGCGACCUGUCAUGAACGUGUCCGUGUUCCUGGGCAUACCUUACGCCCAGCCCCCCGUGCUGGAGGGACGCUUCAAGCCGCCCCGCAAGAUCCAGAACUGGUACAGCACGUGGCAGGCGCUGGACUUCCGGCCCGCGUGCCCCCAGAACCUCAAGUACCUCGGCGCCUCCAACGGCAUCCGCAACGGCGUCCAUGAGGACUGUCUCUACCUCAACAUCUACUCGCCCUCGAUGGGGUUCCUGAGCACGGGAGACCACAACUCCCCCGGUAACUACGGUCUGCUAGACAUGUCCCUGGCCCUCGAGUGGGUCUACGAGAACAUCCGCCUCUUCAAUGGGGACCGGGAGGCCAUCACGGUCUUCGGGCCUGGGGCUGGAGGGGCUGCCGCCGGUCUGCUCGCUGUGCUCCCCAAGACCCGGAGCUACGUCAGGCAGUUCAUAUCGUCGAGCGGGUCCCCCCUGGCUGACUGGGCGGCUAUCGACGACAUCUACCGCGUGCAGAACACUACUCUAGCAGCUCAGGUGUACAUACCCAUUACCGUGUGUCAUCUUCCCACAUACCCCCCUAUUUCCAACCUCUUCUACCUACUCAUCUUCCCCGUGAUCCUUCCCCGUCAGCCCGACGUUGGGACCUUCGCCUGGUCGCCCGUUGUGGACCGUAACUUCACGGUUCCCGGGGACGACUGGUACCCGGACUGGGUCGAGGAGGACUGGAGGGCCAUGCCCGAGGCCCCACUCAGGAUGAUAUGGGCCAACCUGCACCACCCCAAGCUACGGGUCAUGGCGGGGAUCAACAGGGAUGAGGCCGCCAACAUGGUCUUCCAGGACCCGCGGAUCACGACGACCAACCACGAGAUCAGCGAGGAGUUCUUCGACAUGCGCAUCAAGGAGUGGGUGAAGCACUACAACUACUCCCUGAACCCUGAGGGCGCCUUCGAUGCCAUCAAGUGGAUGUACACUUUCUGGCCCGACCCGCACAACAAGUCCCAGAUCCGGGACCAGUAUGUCGCUGUACCAGGGAACCUAGAAUACUACUUCCUGUCAGGUGCCCCAUUCAUGGACCCCGACUUCUACCCCGAGAACUACCGCAUCUCCCGCAACCAGUUUAGCGAGGGCGACCGCAACAUUUCGCAGUUCAUGAUGAAGACCUUCGCUAACUUCGCCAAGUGGGGGAACCCAACUCAGGUGCAAGUAAGCGUGCUAAAGGCCAAGUGGGAACCUGUGGUCGAUGGUACCCUGAGGUACCUGAGCAUCAACAACACCUUCAACACUACCAUGCACUUCAACUACCGACAACCACAGAACACCUUCUGGUACUACUACAUGCCGCUGGUGGUGCGCGAGUGGAUACCCACACCGAUGCCUCCUAGAAAUCCUUGGGUGGAUAUGACGGAGCCCGUGACGGCCGCCAUGUACAGCUUCGUGGCCAUCACGGCGCUGCUGCUCGUCGUGCUCUGCGUCUGCUUCGGCCUCUGGAAGUCUGCUAACAGACAACGCAACAAGGCCCUGGACGACCUGCAGUACUACUCUACCGACAACCUGGCGGAGGAGCGUAGCAUCUACGAUGACGGGGUACGCAAGUACCUGGAACGCAUGCCUGGCAGUACCAAAAGUAACGGGGGCACAGAUGUGACCCGAUCCACUACACCUGUCACCCUCAUCACCAACGCUGACACUACCCAACGCAUCGACGACUCCCGUUCUGGGUCUCCUAGUGGAGGACGCACCACCGCAGGGUUCACUGAACCGGACACCCGAUCAAUGCGGUCCAAUAAAACGGCCAAUGGUAUUAGUAUUGCUGGUGGGUCGCCGUAUUCUAACCGCAAGAGUUACCAUGAGAUGAUGUCUGACCAACCCUUGAGAGCCGCUACGCCCUCCUCCAUUACCCAUAAUAGCGAUGGGGUGUACAUUGGUACCUCGCACAAUUCCGGUACUAUACGCACCCCAUCCAGCACUCUGGAGAGACCCAAGCAUAAGCACUACAAGCCCUUGAGCCAACCAGCCGUCAACCAGACCUUUGACGUACCAGAUGACCAAGACGUUGAUGACCAAAAGCCUCUAGCUGAUUCUACUUCAACGGCUGAUGUCGCAUUCAUUACCAACAAAUCGUCAAACUCAAGUGAUGGCUCCUCUCACUCGAAUCAGCCGCUGCAACAGCAAUUCCAACAGCAGUAUCAGCCCAUUCAUCAACCGAUCAUGAACAAUCAACACCCACCAGCCCUUCAACAAUUGCAUCAAACGCAACCGCCUCAAACGCAGCCGCCUCCACUAUACCAGCAAGUGGGUGUGCCUGUUCUACCAGUGAUCAGUGGUGGUAGCGUUGCUGGUCAGAUACCACAACAUCAGUACUCAGCGCCACAAAUACAGCCUCAUUAUGACCCAUACUCAACAAUACCCAAAAACCAAAAUGAUCUUGGCAUUCCGCUUCAACCAGUUGUGUACCAUCAACCAUUGAGCUCUCAACCACUUCAACCAGUGGUCUCGGGAGUACCUCAGCAAAUAAUUUUGCAACCACAGCCUUACUCGCAACCGCAUGAACUUUCAUACCCCCCACAGACCCAGCCACAAAUAUUCAGCGGUCAACCACAACAACCUAUCGCGGUACCAGGGCAACCGCAGGUGCAACAAACAGAAGGUUACUCCCACCUGCCAGAAGAUCAAACAAUUUUACCACAAACCACAUCGAACCCUCUACUUUCUACCCAACCCAAACCCAUGCCCAGGUCUACCGUUCCUGUUGAGAACUCAAGAGACCAUGCAGCGCCCCAGGGUUCAACCAUGUCCAGGUCGAGACCCAUCACCCCGUCGUCAUUGUCCUUCGAGAUCACCAUGAAAAACGGGAAGGGAGGCGUCCACACCAUCCCUGCUACAGUGAUGAACACGGAACUGUGAUGUGGCGGUGCAUACAGGACUGUGAUGUGUCGGUGCACAGGGAACUAUGAUGUGGCGGUGCAUACAGGACUGUGAUGUGGCGGUGCAUACAGGACUGUGAUGUGGCGGUGCACACAGAACUGUGAUGCCGUCAACUGUGUCCUGUAGGUUGUUGGUGAAGGAUGCGGUGAAGUGAUAUGCUCCUGUUCGCACAAGGACUUGCAGUGAUGUACUCGCAAAUAUCCAGGACUAAAUAUUGAGUGUAUACCUCGGAGUGAUGACAGUGAUGUACAGAGCAGAGAACAACACUAAGUUAUAAGUCAACAUCAUCGUCCAGGGUUUCCAUUACAAACGUUAACACUCCUCGAAGGUGGAACCUACUUACUUGAAUGCAUUAUGAAUGUAUUUAUAUUAAUGACGGCUAUUUAUCUAAUAAUUACAUUAGGGCUUCCCAAAAUUAGACUUUCCCCAAUGAGUGUUAUGACCAUUGACAUGGUUGUGAACUGAACGGUAUAGAAUAGCAUGUUAACGGACGAGUUAACAUGCUAUUGGGUGAUAGGUGCUAGACGAUUGAUGCGGAUAAUAAAUAAUAACUUUUGGUGUUGAAGGUUGAAGGGAUAACUAUGGUUGUGGAGGGAAAACAUGGGUGAUAGUGGGUAAACUUAUGUAGGUGAUAAAAUGUCGACUGUAAAUAAUGUUAAAUACUCGCCAGUAGAGUUAAUUGAUCCCGCUCGUUGUAAGCCUUUUCCCUUCAUCAUUGAUUUCUACCCUCCCUCCUGACGAUUGAAAUUAUCCUUAUUCAAAUCGAACACUUGUAAAUAUUUCCGAAUAUAUUUCAUUUCACUUAGAAAAAUUUUGUUAAUAAAUCAAGUUGUGUUUAACCCUCUGAGUUUUAAGGGCGCGAACUUUCUCAAUGCCUGCAUUUAAUGAGUUUUCAUAUCAGACAUGAUAACAGACGCCUCUUUCACCCUAAUGGUAUGAUUUUUAUAUUAUAUACCUAAUUUUAUUUUAUUCGAAUAAAUGCGCGCUAAAUUGCCUUUGCUCAAGUAAACUUCGCUAUUAAAACAAUUUUUCCUCGAUGUCUAACUCUGAAGUUCAAAGUUGAGAUGUACGCAUGAAGACAAGGGACCUCGAAGUUGUAGAAGAGCGCCAAGUUCGCUUAGCAACUUUACUCGUGGCAAAAAAUAACUUUGUUGAUCUCCUGAGUUACAUUAUAAAGAUUUAAGUUAGAUAGUAAUGUUAUGUUGGUUAUUCGAUUCAAGAGUUUCUUAUAGCAGCUGAAAGUUUGUGUUUUAUGUGUAAGUUAGUUACUAAAGUUACGAGUUGUAGUUACCAAACAACAACCCACCCAUCCGCACCUCAGGCAGCUCAUUGAAAUUACCAGUAACAUGUCUGUAUCUACAGCAGAAAUUCAAAGUAAUGUUCAACGUCACAACAAAUUUUCAAAAGAGAAAUACGCGUGCAUUAUUUAAUCAACAAACUCCUUUUUUAUUGAUAAACACCUUAUUAUGACAUGAGUUAUAGGCAAAAAUUUAUAUGAAAUACAAGAACGAAGUUGCUCACAACUUAUUUGUGAGUUGCAGGUUAGACUCAUCAGAUUUACUAUUUUGAUUCACUUUCGCCAAGUUUCCAAGAUUUUUUCGACGUUGCCGCGAUCCCUAACCUUUCACUUUUUAAAUGCUUACGUUUUAAUUUUGUCUCUAAUUUUUUUGUUCAGUUUCAUGUUUCCGAUCUUGACGUGAUCAUGUGUGAUUAUUGCAAGCCUAGUAAGGUGGUUUGGAGGCCUAUUGAUGCGUGACGCUCGAUCAAACUGACUGAAAUAUUUCGUUCACAAAUGACAGUCUUGUGUGACAAUACGCCACGUUGACGCAAACCAUUCAUGUGUGCCCAAUUGAUAUAAUAUUUGACUUUUGUGUAAAAAAUAAAUGUAUUUGACGAAGUAUGUAAUAAAUGUAAAAUUACGAUAUAACGAAGCAUGUGUCAUAAUAUGACACUCAUUGACGCAUAUACGCAAUGUGAAAUUCUCGAAACGAAUUUCUUGAACCAAACUCACAAAUUGACUCAAUAUUCGACUCACGUCGUGGCAUACUUCGACACAAAGUUGAGAUUGAUUGGCUAGAUAGUGUAUCCUUACUGAAAACCAUACUGGUUAGGAUAACCGUGCUAGUUGAUUAAAGAUAAGUGUGUUGUUAGAGACAAUCGUGCUGGUUAGAGAUAAUUGUACUGGACAAUCGUGUAAAUAUACCAUUGAUUUUA